AUGAAAGAUCUAUCCGAGUGUAAAAAUACUCCUUUUUUAUCAGUAAAAGAUUUUUGUGAACCCACAAGCUCUUCUUCAACUAGGAAUGAUCUUACCGAGCCUCUACAUACGCUGUCACAAACUGCACCAGAUUCAAUACCCAACUCGGAAUCAGGCUCAAGUACGCUCGACGUUAUGCCAACCGGACCUCGAAAUAAUAAAAAAGGUGGUAGAAAGGCUGGUAGAAGUAUAAUAGCCACCGACACCCUAGAAAAAAAUGCCCUGGCUGAACAUAAAAACAAGAAGAAGAUUGACACAGUAAAAAAAGUAACUAAAAAUUUAUUUAAAGGAAAGGAAAACUCUUGUAAACGACGAAAGCGAAAUGUGACUCCAGUUGAGGCUUCGGAUGAUGAAAAUAAAGAAUUUCAGCCAAGCGGGUCAUCUUCUGAUAAAGAUGAUAUAGUAUUGAAAGAUGAUUUCCCUGCACUUAAGCCGUAG